ACUAUCAGAAUACUUUGAUAACGUAUCGUAAUAAAUUGAUCGAAGGAGCACGGAGAUUUGUUUUUAAAAUUAAUUAGUUAUAAUUCAAAUUGAAUUAUUAUUUGAUUAAUACAAAAUGAUUUCUAGUUUAGUGCUAAUACUGGCUUUGUCGUAUGCUUCCGGGCAAAACAAUCUAGUUGUCGACACCAGGGCGAGAGUGCAGCAUCACACAGAAUACUACACAAAACUUAUUCAAAAGCUAGUUUAUGAGUUGGAAAAACGUGGCUUCUGCAAUUUGAAAUUGAAUGACGUAAUUAUAGAACAUAAUGAACAACUCUACAACUUCCUGGUAUCCGGAAACGCGACUUACACUAACGGGUUUCUAGUGUCCAUAGAGAAGAUAGAUGUCACGAAUAUGGAACAGAGAGUCACCAGGGAUAUUGUGAAUGGGGCGAGCGUUCCUACGGCGUUAGUUCGCGGAAGAUUGAAUUUAAGGGACGUGAAAGUUGGCUUCGAUGUUGAUGCGCACAUCAAUGAUGAACUUAGGCACUAUACCGGAGCUUUUACACACAUACUAGUCCAAUACGAAUUGAAUGUCCACAAGAAUUUGGUGUCUGGGGAACUUCAUACUUCUAUGAGGCUGUUGAGUCUGAUGCCCAGUGCUACAGUCCGGAUGGACUACAUGCCAACGGACAGCAUCACCGAAGCUUUGUCGAGACGUUUCGUACCAAGCAUGAACAGGAAUAGCGCUGAAAACUGGGGAACACAUUUCGCUUCGAUAUUGUUGGAGAAGGCGAAAAAUAAAAUACCGUUCCCAAAUGUUUGCUUUAAUUGUUAAAUCAUAAGUACAGUUUCAUAUAAAUAGAUAAAGGAAUAAAUGAUACGAAAAGUACACAAAA